GGGCGGAGCGGCGGGGCCGGCCGCGGGGAGCCGCAGUCAGCGCCGGCCCGGCGGCCCGCGGGGAUGCUGCGCUACAGCUCGGGGCUCACCGUCACCGCCACCACCCCCCGGAGGACGUCCGGCGACGCCCGGCGGAAGAUGAAUGUCUGUAGACUACGCUUAACAGUACCACCUGAUGAAGGCUCACAGGCUGAACAGGGAGCAAAGGAACCUGAAAGAAAGAAAAACGAGCUCUACCAUGUACCAAAUGGCAUGUCUCCAGGGAAGCUCUCUCAUGGGAUGGUGUAUGGCGUCGUGCACCGAACUGACAACAACCAUAAGAGAGAAAUGGUGGUUUAUGGCUGGUCAGCUGAUCAGCUGAAAGAGGAGAUGAAUUACAUUAAAGAAGUGAGAGCAACUCUGGAAAAAGUAAGAAAGAAAAUGUAUGGUGAAUAUGAUGAAAUGAAACGAAAAAUACAGCAGCUUACAAAUGAACUGAAAGUGACAAAUGCUCAUCAGGAAUCCUUAGAGAAUCAUGUGCGAGUACAGGCUGCAGCCUUAGAUAGCUUUAGUGAAAUGAACAGCUCCUUGACAUCAGCAUCAAUAGACUUGCAGAAAACUCUAGUGGAUGUUACACUGGAGAACACUGAUAUAAGGGAACAAAUAAGGAAUUUAAAACAUACACAUGAGCAAUCUAUGGAAAAGCUGAGAGAGAAGCAAAAGCAACUGGAAACAGCACAAAUUGAAAAUCAGCUACUGAAAUUAAAGGUGGAAUCGUCGCAGGAAGCCAAUGCUGAAGUCAUGAGAGAGAUGACAAGGAAACUGUAUAGUCAGUAUGAGGAAAAAAUGCGAGAAGAGGAGCAGAAACAUAAAGCCGAAAAAGAAAUCCUUCUCGAGGAAACUAAUCGGCUUCUGAAGGCUAUUGAAGAGGCAAAUAAGAAGAUGCAAAUUACAGAAACAAGCAUACAGGAAAAAGACCAGCGAAUUGGUGAGCUAGACCGGCUGAUUGAACGUAUGGAAGAGGAACGUCACCAGCUACAAAAACAACUUGAACUAAAUGAACUACAAAUAUCUGGAGGAAAAUCUGAAAACAAGUCUGACAGUGAAAGGUCACAGCAUUUGGAGGAGGUAGCAGCUAGCCUAAGAGAGCGAAUCAAACAUCUGGAUGAUAUGGUUCACUGCCAACAGAAGAAAGUCAAGCACAUGGUUGAGGAGAUUGAAAUGCUAAGGAAGAAAGUAAAAGAAAAGGAAUUAUUUAUAAUACAGCUUUUAGAAAAAAUCUCUUUCUUAGAAUGUGAGAAUAAAGAAUUACAAGAUAAAUUGGACUACUUAAUGGAAAACCAACCAAAGACCAAUACAGAAACCAGAGAUACUGGGGUAGGAUGCGAUCUUCCAUACAGUAAAUUCAUUUCUAGGCUUCCAGAUAAGGGUAAGAAGAUCUCCGAUUUUGUUGAAAAGCUGAAGCUUGCCAUUUUACAAGAGGAAGAGGUAGCAAGGACGGCUGAGCUGUUAUCUGCUGUCAGAUUGGAGUUUCAGGUGAAACAGGGGGAGAUUAAUACAAGCAAACAGCAAGUUAUCCUAAAGGAGGACACACUGAACUGUGAAGGUUCCUCAGUCUUUAAUGAAAACUCUACUAUUAAAGAAGUUUCUGAGAUUUUUUCCCAAAGGCAGGAGACAGAGUGUAUUAAGAAGGAUGCCACAAAUACAGCUCUGGGAAAUCAAAGGACUCGGAGGAAAAAUGAUGAAGUAAAGACUGUUGCAAAAGAUCAGAAUCUUUUUUGUGAAGUCAUCUCCAAGUCAGCCAUGAGCAGUCAUCUGAAAAGUGAUCAUCAGGUAUCUCAGAGCAAUGCUGAGGAUGAUGCGGAAGGUGCAGGAGCUUUGGACAGCAGUAAAGAUGCGUUCGUUGAUGCCUUUCAAAAAGUUACAAUUGCAGAUGGGGAUAAUAGGGAAAAAGUAUUGGAAAAAGAGCAGAAUGUGGCUAAACAUAAGGGCAGUAUCCUUGGAAGCCUGCAACCCAAGACACCACAUUAUAUUGAAGUUCUAGAGUCUAGAGCCAAGAACCCAGUUGUAAAAAAAAGCAAAUUUAAAACAAAUGUAUUAUCAGGAGAGCAAAGUGGAUCAUCAUAUGGUUCUUCAUCCAGUCAGUCACCUGGGGGAUUUGGCUCUCCAAUUACUACUGAAGAAAGACGAUUUAGAGAUAAGAAACAUUUGAAUGACAUCACAGCAGCUCGGCUACCACCGCUUCACCAUUCCCCUGCUAAGCUAUUAUCCAUAGAGGAAUCCAUAGCCAUUCAGAUACAGCAAAAAGAAGUUUACGAGGAAAUGCAAGCCAAGCUUGCAGCACAGAAGCUUGCAGAGAGAUUGAAUAUAAAAAUGCUCAGGUUUGAACCAGAGGGGGAGGCCUCAAUGCAGUACAGAGAAGUGAGAGAUGAAGAUUAUUUUUCAUCAGAGGACUGAAUUCAAGAAGGGAUGUCUGAGGAUGAGCCACGUAACUGAUCUUUAUGCAGUACUUCUUAAAACCCAAACCUGGAUAUUGAGGAUGCUUGAUCUAGUAAUUUUUUUUUUUUUAAUUAUUUUAACAUUGCAGAUACGGGAAGGGUUCAAUAUAAACCUCAUAAAUAUAAGUAUUAUUAAGUGGUAACCCUAGUGUUAUCUGGGGACCAUUUUUUGAGCACUUGGGGCAGUUAAUGCUUAUGGAAUGCCCCAUAGUUUUCAGCUACAUCAGAGCGAGCUCUUUAACGUGUUUUUGUAGGCUAUGAUGGAUCAUCUACAAGAGAAGGUUUCUUUUGCACAGAGAUGUGAUUGCAAAGAGCAUCAGCACACAUGUCUAUAAAGUAAGCUAAGGUGCCUGUGAACUGCCCGCCUGUAUGAAAACUCUUGUAUAAAUUUGAGAUACUUUUUAUCUAUUUAAGAUUAUCUUGCUUUUACCAUAUGGUGAAAAUACAUGUCUGGACAGCUACAAUAAAUACGUGACAGUUAGACUGUAUGUUAGCUUCUUAUUACAUGAGUACUUGUUUCUGUGCCUGCACUUUAAAAUAACACUUUCUGCCCUUAUGUUUUAAAUAGGUAAGAAUUUAAAAUGAUUUUGUAACUCACAUUCUAUUUGGGCUUUAAGGGGCUCUGCUGUUUAAUUUUUGGUUGUUACUGCAAAGCACAUCAAGAGUUCCAGUUAAUCUGAAGACUUUAAUAUUUUUAUUAAACGUGUUGGUGUUUUUCCAUACUUUUGUACACUGCUUUCAUACUUUGGAAUACUAUUUUUUCAUAGUCUGAUACUGUAAAUUAAGAGAUUCACCCUCUGGUUUUCUUGGAGAAAAUGUUCUGUGUAUUUUGAAGUUUUGGCUGUUCUUUGAAGAUAAAAAAAUUCUUCCUUACAAUAACAUUUUCUGCCUUUUAAUAUGAAUUUUGAAAGAUAAGGAACAUACCUGAGAAGUACUUCACAAUGAUAUUCUAGGAUAUUCCAAGCCUAGUAUGAGUUCGGUUCUAAAAAACAAACCUCAGAGAUUCCUUGUAUAGCCUGGUAGCACCUGUUUCCUGAGAAGCUGCGACAGCAGUGUGUGCAAGGCUCUCCCUGGAUGUGUACAUAAUUCCUGCAGAAAUUGUGUCUCUGGAAACCAAGGGUGCUCCAGAUGUGAGUCAUUCAAAAAGCUGCACGGUAUCAUCUGGAAAUGGGGAAUGAAAGACUCUGCCACUUCUUGAGUGCAUGUCCAGCACUUUACUAGCAGGCGGUAACUCUAUCCCAAAUGCUCCACAAGCUCUCCCAGGCAGUCCCUGUGUUGCAGUCCAUACCCUGGCAAUGCAAUUUGACAUGUGGAACUGCUGCUGAGCUAAUACAUGGUAUUUUUUGACUAGGUCAUCUGUUGCUCAUCUGUGAUGCCUCUUUCUUGUACCCUUUCCUCUUGCAGGUUUCUUGUUUUCAUUGUUCAUUGGCUUCUCAUCACCUGUUUGCUGCUCCCUUUUCCUCAUAAGACUUAUCUCCUGUCACUAAAGCAAAUUUAUAUUCUGCAUUCUUGUACCACCCAUUCCCUUUCAUACAACAUGUCACUGCCUGCGUCUGCAUUUAACCUCUGCCAUGUGUCAUGUAUCCUCCUGCCAUUGCUAUGUUAUCUUGCUUUCUGUAACUCCAUCUAAAUGCCAGCUGUGUACCUUUGGCACCUUCUAAAUACCUCAGUCACUGAAAUAUCUUACAGUGACCCAGGUGUCUUUGUGUUUUUGUCACAGCUGACCUCCUACUGACGUUUUCCUUUCUUAUUCCUGAUUUUGGUUUCAGACUGUGCAGGUGUUUGCCACUUCCAGGCCUUAUAUCCUCUGUUUUACCAGAUUUUCCUGGUUUUAUUUUUAUUUUCUGUGCUCCUGCUUCAUCUUCCCAGCUUCACACCAUCACUUCUUCUUUGUCAGCACUAUUUUUUGGCAUGUUCUCAGUCGUUCACAGUCAUACCUCAGCAUCCAUGUUGAUGACCCAUCUGAUCUGCUCUCCACAUCUUCAGCGUGCGGCUCUGACUCCACAGGCCAGUGGAGUGCUUUUCUCUAGUGGAUGCAGUUCACCUCUCAGAUCACUGUUGUCCAUGCUACCACCUGCUCAUCCAUCUGGGUCCUGUCAUCAGUCCUCCCAUUGUUUCAGUCUGUUGUGCUGCUUAAGGACAAGAGGCAUCAGAAGUGUAUUGGCUUUCCCUUUGUUGUUGCAUGAAGCAUAAGUUACUACUUCCAGGCCUGUUUGCAUCUCUCCCCCUUGUUAAUAUCAGCACCCUUGUCCUCGUACUGGCUGUGUUCAGCACCCUUGUCCUCGUACUGGCUGUGCUGUCACACUUUUUUACUCUGUGUGUGUUUUUCUGUGCUAAAAGUCCUUGUAGAAGAGAGUGCUGCAUGAAUACAAAACCAAGCUUAAGGUAUUAAUUUUAAGUUACUGCUAAAGGGUUUGUAUUGCUGCAAAACCUGGAAGCUUUCAUGGGGGUUUGUUGGUCCUAGGUUCUGAGCACAGGUAUGUACUUUGAAUUAAGAUUUUGUGAGUGAUUAGAAAGCAAAGAGUCAGGUGUAAAGAGUCCCAUGUUAAGGAGGAUGUGAAAUCCAGAAGUUUGUAAAAGGUUAGAGAAUAAGAGGAUGAAUCAUGGAACAGUUUAGUCAUACUGAAUGAAGUUUCUGAUCUAGUAUGGUAUUGCUGUUGUGUAUUUCACUGUUCUCCAGUUCCGGAACACUUUAAAACAUAGAAUUGAGGACCUUGCUCUAUUUUUGGGGAGUGGACUGCUUUAUUGGAGUGGGCUGUUAACCCAGUAGAAAAUAAAGAUAAUAUGUUUCUGAAGUUC